AUAUUACUACAUCUUCCAAGAAACUUGUUGAGUCAAUCAUUUCACCUCCCAAAACCAAAUUUAGUUGACCCCCCCAAAAAAAAUGACACAAAAGAUUGAGACACAAAAUCUUGAUUUACAUACCUCCACCAUGACAACAGCCACCAUAAAAUCACCACAAACCACCCAACACCUCCCUACAACCACCCACCCCACCACCCCAAAAAACCACAAACUAACCCUCAUACCACUAAUCUUCCUCAUAUACUUUGAAGUAGCUGGUGGUCCAUAUGGUGAAGAACCAGCAGUUAAAGCAGCUGGUCCUUUACUAGCAAUUCUUGGAUUUCUAAUUUUCCCCUUUAUUUGGAGUGUACCAGAAGCCCUUAUUACAGCUGAACUCUCAACAACUUUCCCAGGUAAUGGGGGUUUUGUCAUUUGGGCUGACAAAGCUUUUGGACCCUUUUGGGGUUCUUUAAUGGGUUCUUGGAAAUUCCUUACUGGUGUCAUAAAUAUUGCAUCUUUCCCUGUUUUGUGCAUUAGUUAUUUAGAGAAAAUUUUCCCAAUUCUUGAUUCUGGGGUUCCAAGAAAAUUGGCAAUUCUUGGUUCAACUUUGUUUUUAUCAGUUGUUAACUAUACUGGUUUAACAAUUGUUGGGUAUUUUGCUGUGGCACUUGGGGUUAUUUCACUUGCUCCUUUUAUCAUAAUGUCAUUUAUUGCUAUCCCAAAGAUUCAUCCUCAUAGGUGGUUGAGUUUAGGUCAAAAGGGGGUUAAGAAAGAUUGGAACUUGUUCUUUAAUACCCUUUUUUGGAAUUUAAAUUUUUGGGAUAAUGUUAGUACUAUGGCUGGUGAAGUUGAAAAUCCAAGAAAGACAUUCCCUGAAGCACUUUUUUCUAGUGUAGUGUUCACUUGCUUAGGGUAUAUUAUACCACUUAUGGCUGUAACGGGCGCGGUCGCAGUGGACCAGCGCGAUUGGGAGACGGGGUUUAUGGCUAAUGCGGCGGAGAUCAUAUCGGGGAGGUGGUUGAAAUUUUGGAUUGAAAUAGGUGCUGUGUUGUCUGCCAUUGGAUUAUUUGAAGCUCAAUUGAGUAGUUCAGCAUUUCAAAUUUUGGGUAUGGCUGAAAUUUCUUUUUUACCUAAGUUUUUUGGACUAAGGUCAAAAUGGUUUAAUACACCAUGGGUUGGGAUAGUAUUGUCAACAGCAAUUUCACUUGGAAUGUCUUAUAUGGAUUUUCAAGAUAUUAUUUCUUGUGCAAAUUUCUUGUAUAGUUUAGGUAUGCUUUUGGAAUUUGCAUCAUUUCUUUGGUUGAGGAGGAAAUAUCCAUUGAUUAAAAGGCCUUAUAGGGUGCCAAUGAGAUUGCCACUUUUGGUGAUUAUGUGUUUGAUUCCAUGUGGUUUUUUGGUUUUCAUCAUGGCUAUAGCAACAAAGAUUGUGUAUUUGAUUAGUGGAUUGAUGACUAUUGGAGGGAUUGGAUGGUAUUUUUUGAUGAAGUUUUGUAAGUCAAAGAAGUUGCUAAAGUUCAAUAAUAAGGUAGAUGAUACUUACGAGUGAAUAAUCAAUAGGGAAGUAGUUGGUGUGUAUGACUUUUCUUCUUUUUUAUUUUGCAUUUUCAUAGAUGUGACUUCAUAUAUUGGAAAGAUGUUGCUUUAUUUCUCAAACAAUUGAAUGCAAAAAUAUCCUUUCUUUUGUCAUUCAUUUUCUCAAUUUUCUUUUGUUUUCUGUACUUCUUUUUGGUUUUCCAUUGAUGUUCGAUACCUGUAUCGAGUCCUCAAUUAAUUUGGACUUGUGCUAUGAGGAAAGCGUUUCCUAAUAGAGGGCUGAAAAGAGAUCUUAUCCAUUCCAUCACAAUCUGAUUGAGGACAAUUACAAGCUUGGAUGUCCUCCUAAUUACCACCACAAACCAUCACAAGCUUUGUCUUACUUCUUUUUGGUUUUCCAUCGAUGUUUGAUGCAUAUAUUGGGGCCUCAAUUAAUUGGGACUCACGCUGUGUAAUGCCUAUUUAAGGGGAAAGCAUUCCCUAACUAGAAGUUUUUUCAUAGUCACAACUCGAAAGGGACCUCAUCUAUUUCAUCAUAAUUCAUGGUGGUAAAUAUUUUUGAAGUGGGUAA